GGCUUUGGAGAAACCUCCCAAGUCCCAAAAUCAAAGUACCAUAAUUUCCUCUCCUCUUCAUGAUAUCUAUUUGUUAUAAAAAGCAUCAAACUUGAGGGAAAAUAGGAAGAGUGCCUAAAAACAGAGGUCCCUAUCUAAAUUUUUAUUUCUAUUCUUUCUCAUAUAUUAUCAUAUAUAAAUGAGAUAAAAGGCUAGAGCUUUAAGGCAAAAAUGAAAGAAAAAAAGAUGGGUUUUCUUAGAGGUCAAAUGGGCAACAUCUUGUUGUUCAUUUGGUUGGUGGCAUUUUCAUGGCUUUGUUCUUCGGCAAAUGCUUCUGUGGGUUAUGACCACAAAGCUAUAGUGAUUAAUGGGAAGAGAAGGAUUCUCAUUUCUGGCUCUAUUCAUUACCCCAGAAGCACUCCUGAGAUGUGGCCUGAUCUUAUACAGAAAGCCAAAGAUGGAGGUUUGGAUGUUAUUCAAACCUAUGUUUUCUGGAAUGGGCAUGAACCUACUCAAGGAAAAUUUAAUUUCCAAGAUAAUUAUGAUUUGGUUAAGUUCAUUAAGCUGGUGCAUCAAGCUGGCCUAUAUGUUCAUCUCCGAAUUGGUCCCUAUGUUUGUGCCGAAUGGAACUUUGGAGGAUUCCCUGUUUGGCUCAAAUUCGUCCCUGGAAUCGCUUUUAGAACAGACAAUGGACCUUUCAAGGCGGCAAUGCAAAAAUUCACAAGUAUGAUUGUAAAUAUGAUGAAAGCUGAAAGACUGUUUGAAACUCAAGGGGGUCCCAUUAUUCUUGCACAGAUUGAAAAUGAAUAUGGACCAACAGAAUGGGAAAUUGGUGCUCCUGGCAAAGCUUACACCAAAUGGGCAGCUCAAAUGGCUGUUGGCCUUAACACAGGUGUCCCAUGGGUUAUGUGCAAACAAGAGGAUACCCCUGACCCACUUAUCGAUGCCUGCAAUGGUUACUACUGUGAAAAUUACAAGCCAAACAAAGUCUAUAAACCCAAACUAUGGACAGAAGCAUGGACUGGCUGGUACACAGAGUUUGGUGGGGCAGUUCCUCAUAGACCAGCCGAAGACAUGGCCUUCGGUGUUGCAAGGUUUAUUCAAAAUGGUGGUGCCUUCAUUAAUUACUAUAUGUAUCAUGGAGGAACAAAUUUUGGCCGCACGGCUGGUGGUCCCUUCAUUGCAACUAGCUAUGAUUAUGAUGCUCCUCUUGAUGAGUAUGGAUUAAUAAGGCCAAAAUGGGCACAUUUGAGGGACUUGCAUAAAGCCAUCAAGGCAUGUGAGCCAGCUUUAGUAGAAACUGAUCCUGCAGUGACAUCACUUGGAAAAAGUCAAGAGGCUCAUGUAUUCAGAGGAAAAUCCGGGGCUUGUGCUGCAUUCCUUGCAAAUUAUGAUACUAAAUCAACUGUAAGAGUGAGUUUCAACAAUUUGCCGUACGACCUCCCAGCUUGGUCCAUUAGCGUUCUUCCUGACUGCAAAACUGUAGUUUACAACACUGCAAAGGUAGGUGCUCCAAACUCACUGGUACAAAUGACACCUGUGGUUAAGGGGUUCUCUUGGGCAUCGUUCAAUGAAGAAACUGCUUCUUCCAGUAGUACUGGUACAUUUUCAUUGGAAGGGUUGCGAGAGCAAAUAAGCCUCACAUGGGAUAAAACAGACUAUCUUUGGUACAUGACAGAUAUCACAAUAGGUUCAAAUGAAGGAUUUCUCAAGAAUGGGCAACUUCCUGUUCUGACUAUUUUUUCAGCAGGCCACGCCUUGCAUGUUUUCGUCAAUGGCCAACUAGCUGGAAGUACUUACGGAUCAUUGGCCAAUCCAAAACUAACAUUCAGUCAAAAAAUAAAUCUGAGAGUUGGAAUCAACAAGCUUGCUAUACUAAGUGUUGCUGUGGGUCUGCCGAAUGUUGGUCUGCAUUUCGAGACAUGGAAUGCUGGUGUUCUUGGCCCGGUCACACUGAGGGGUGUCAACUCAGGAACAUGGGAUAUGUCAAAAUGGAAAUGGUCAUACAAGAUUGGUUUGAAAGGAGAAUCAUUAAAUCUACACACAGUUAGUGGGAGUUCAUCGGUUGAAUGGAGGCAAGGUGCACUCUUGGCUAAAAAACAACCAAUGACAUGGUACAAGACAACUUUCAAUGCACCAGGAGGUCAUGCUCCAUUUGCUUUGGACAUGAAUACCAUGGGAAAAGGACAAGUAUGGGUAAAUGGUCGGAGCAUUGGACGCCACUGGCCAGCAUACACAGCACACGGCAACUGUGCGCCUUGUAAUUAUGCUGGAAUUUUUGAUGAGAAUAAGUGCCGGAGCAACUGUGGAGAGGCCUCUCAAAGAUGGUACCACGUUCCACGGUCAUGGCUGAACCCAACCGGGAACUUAUUGGUUGUGUUUGAAGAAUGGGGUGGCGACCCUAGUGGGAUUUCUUUGGUCCUAAGAACAAGAGGGGGCCAGUAAAAAUAAAUAAAAAGGGUUUGGAGGACAUCAAUUUCCAACCAGCGUAUAGCAACAUUUGUAUUUACGAAAACUAAAGAAAAAGAAUAAAAAGAAAAAUAAAGUUCCAGAUUGAUUCAAUAGCAGCUGCACAUUAAUAAUAAUUGAAGCUCAGAAGAUUCCAGAGUGCCUUACCAGUCUGAUUCAACAUGGACAGAACGCAACUUCAGAACCAUACAAUGUUUAAUCCUGGAAAUAGAAACUGUAGAUAGUGUGACGAUGUUUGAGUUUGUACAGACAUUUUGUAUGUCAGAAAAAGAAAAGAAAAAAAAAUUAAGAAGAAAGCUUCAUACAUAUACAUACGUUACCAGUAAAGAGUAAGUCCUCAACUUGCUGAGUCUCAAUGGCUGUAACAUUCUAGGGAAAGGCAAUUAAUUGCUUUUUCUUUGCAGAAAGAAAUGGAAUAAAAAUAAAGUUUGACUAUAAA